GUAAUUUGUCACGCUCCUUCGUUUGGAAUAUUUAAAUUAAUUUCCUCAAUUUAAAAAACUUGGAGUGCAAAUUCUAAUUUGGUGUAAUUCAAAUCUCAAAAAACUCACAAAACAGUCCUUUGAUCUAGAUCAAGUCUGCAGGAGUGCGGGAGCUCAAUUGCGAUCUAUCCUGGCCAGAACUCAUCUAUCGAUUUGAAUGCUGUGAAUGAUGAUAAAUUGACGAGAAAGCUCUGUUACGUUUUCAUGCGCGAUCUCUCAUAUUCACUAAGCCAACACCGGAGCAGCAGAUCUGUUCGCAAAGGUUGGCCCUUGUAGUCGUUCGGUCGACAAUCUCAACCUUUUUCCGAACUCAGCAGUCGCCAAUGGCCGGAGCGGCCUCGGCGCUAUUCCUUUUGGACAUCAAGGGUCGUGUACUUGUGUGGCGAGACUUUCGUGGCGAUGUCUCCGCCUCUCAAGCCGAGCGUUUCUUCACCAAGCUUCUGGAGAAAGAGGGAGAUCCUCAAGAUCCUGUUGCACAUGAUAGUGGUGUUACAUAUAUGUUUAUUCAGCACAACAAUGUGUACCUCAUGAUUGCAUCGAGGCAGAACUGCAAUGCUGCUAGUCUUCUUCUCUUCCUACACCGUGUAGUCGAAGUCUUCAAGCAUUAUUUUGAAGAGUUAGAAGAAGAAUCUCUGAGAGACAAUUUUGUUGUAGUGUAUGAGUUACUUGAUGAAAUCAUGGACUUUGGAUAUCCUCAAUUUACUGAAGCCAAAAUUCUUAGUGAAUUUAUCAAGACCGACGCUUAUCGAAUGGAAGUUACUCAAAGGCCCCCCAUGGCAGUCACAAAUGCAGUAUCUUGGCGUAGUGAAGGAAUAAGUUACAAGAAAAAUGAAGUAUUUUUGGAUGUUGUGGAAAGUGUAAACAUUCUUGUCAAUAGUAAUGGGCAAAUAGUGCGGUCAGAUGUUGUUGGUGCCUUAAAGAUGAGGACAUAUUUGAGUGGGAUGCCUGAAUGUAAACUUGGUCUGAAUGAUAGAGUUUUACUGGAGGCUCAAGGGAGAUCUACUAAGGGAAAAGCCAUUGAUUUGGAUGACAUCAAGUUCCAUCAAUGUGUUCGAUUGGCUCGGUUUGAAAAUGAUCGAACAAUAUCCUUCAUACCUCCGGAUGGAUCUUUUGAUCUCAUGACCUACAGACUGAGUACUCAGGUCAAGCCUUUGAUAUGGGUAGAAGCUCAAGUGGAAAGGCACUCUAGGAGCCGCAUAGAAUUUAUGGUGAAAGCGCGGAGCCAAUUUAAAGAGCGUAGCACUGCAACAAAUGUUGAAAUUGAGCUACCUGUACCAAUUGAUGCUACUAAUCCUAAUGUCCGCACCUCCAUGGGGUCAUCUACUUAUGCUCCUGAAAGGGACGCAUUGAUUUGGAAAAUAAAAUCUUUUCCAGGUGGUAAGGAAUAUAUGCUGAGAGCAGAGUUUCGCCUUCCUAGUAUUACCUCUGAGGAAGCAGCCCCAGAAAGAAAAGCUCCUAUCAGAGUGAAGUUUGAAAUACCAUAUUUUACUGUUUCAGGAAUACAGGUUCGGUACUUAAAGAUCAUUGAAAAGAGUGGUUACCAGGCUCUUCCUUGGGUGAGGUAUAUCACUAUGGCAGGUGAAUACGAGUUGAGACUUGUGUAAAAGUUUUUUUUUGUUUUGUUUUGUUUUGUUUUUUGUUAUAAUCACGUUACCUGCCUACUACUAAAGAAUUGCCAUAGACAAUUUCAAUGGCUGUGUAACGGGGCUUAAUGAUGUCAUUCACGUUCUGUUCACUUCCUUGUUUUCCCAGUGCGGUACCAUGAAAUGGCCAGGGUCAUGUUUGCUUGACUAUCUGUUGUAGCUUAGCUUUGUUUGAUUAGAAAAUCCAGAAUGAUAUAUAUUGAAUUGGAGGGAAGUUGAAUGAUGUGGUUUCAUAUAUUGUUAUUAUUAUUUGGAUUUAUUUUUACUACCUAA